GACGUGCUGAGGGGCGAUCACGUGAUCGCGCGUUACAUCUCGAGGCAGGACCCCUCGAAGGGUCUUGCUGGUGAGGAUGCCAAGGCCCAGAGCAACGUGGACCAGUGGCUCGAGCUGGCGCUGGUGCGUCUGUCGAAGAAGGUCACCGACGAGGAAGCCUUCAACGCCGCCCUCCGCCUGCUGGACGCCCACCUGACCCUGCGCACGUUCUUCGUGGGCUACGGCGUCACCCUGGCCGACAUCGGCGUGUGGGGCGCCCUCAAGCUCCACCCCCUCUGGGCCAAGGCCUCUCAGACCAAGCAUGCUAACGAGCACCUCGUCCGGUGGUUCAAGUACGUGGACUCGCUGCCUCAGUUCGUGGCGGUGUCGACCAAGUACGCCGGCGGUACUGUCAAGACCGAGGAGGCUGCGGCCGCGGCCGGCGCGGCUGCCGGUGGGCGCAAGGCGGCCUCCAAGGCCAAGUACCAGGAGCUCGAGGGCGCUGAGGAGGGCAAGGUCGUCACUCGGUUCCCUCCGGAGCCGUCGGGCUACCUCCACAUGGGCCACGUCAAGGCCGCUCUGCUCAACUACCACUAUGCCCACAUGUACAACGGCAAGCUCAUCCUCCGCUUCGACGACACCAACCCCACCAAGGAGAGCAACGAGUUUGUGGACAGCAUCACUGCUGAUCUGGCCACCCUGGGCAUCGUGCCGGCGAAGAUCACCUACACGUCCGAUUACUUUGACCUCAUCAUCGAGAAGGCCGAGUACCUCAUCAAGAAGGGCCUCGCCUACAUCGACACCACCCCCAACGAGGAGCCCAUCGAGGAGAGCCUCCGCCAGUGGCAAGAGAUGAAGCUCGGCUCGCCCGAGGGCCAGAAGUGCGUGCUGCGCGCCAAGAUCGACAUGCAGUCCAAGGUCGGCUGCAUGAGGGACCCCAANAUCUUCCGCGUGGUUCUC